AUGUCACCUGAUGAUGAGACUCGGGGCGACUCCACCGCCGUGGACAUUGAGUUGUCCGUGAAAAAUGUCGAUCCCAAACUCAUCAAACAUGCAAAUGACGCCGAUGAGGCUAUGAAAGCCUUUGAAGACCUACAUGGCGAAGCAAUUGAGCUUGAUGAUGCGACAAACCGGCGUCUAUUGCGGACAAUCGAUUGGCAUAUCAUGCCUGUAAUGUGCUGCGUCUACGGAAUGAAUUUCCUUGACAAGACCACACUUUCAUACGCCAGCAUCAUGGGUCUGAAAGAAGAUCUUAGCUUGAUCGGAGAUCAAUAUUCCUGGCUCGGAAGCCUUUUCUAUUUCGGCUAUAUCGCGUGGGAGUACCCAACUAGUCGACUGCUUCAGCGCUUACCACUUGGAAAAUACACCGGUUCCUGCGUCGUGAUCUGGGGUAUGAUCCUAAGUUGUUUCGCAGCUGUAAAGAAUUACCCCGGGGCGAUAGCAAUUCGCUUUUUCCUGGGUGUAUUCGAGGCUGCAGUGACUCCAGGCUUUGCUCUAUUGACAUCCCAGUGGUACACUCGCAACGAGCAAGGAAGACGGGUCAACAUCUGGUACAGCUUCAAUGGCUGGGGUCAGAUCCUCGGAGGGCUCGUGGCUUAUGGAAUCGCAGUUGGAUCUCAAAAAAAUGGCUCGCUAAUUGAGCCCUGGAAGAUCGUUUUCCUGUUCACCGGACUACUGACUGUCAGCCUGGGGCUUUUCUUCUUGUGGAUCGUCCCUGACAGCCAACUGAAUGCACGCUGGCUCAAGAAGGAAGAUCGCGUUCUGGCCAUUGCACGUGUGCGCAUCAACCAGCAGGGUAUCGGUAAUAAGCACUUCAAAUGGUAUCAAGUCAAGGAAGCACUGUUGGAUCCAAUGACAUGGGCUUUCUUCUUCUUCGCCCUUAUCGCAGAUAUCCCGAAUGGCGGCAUCACCAACUUCUUCAGCCAGCUGAUUACCAGCUUUGGUUAUUCCCCCGAACAAAGUCUGCUCUACGGCACACCCGCCGGCGCGGUUGAGGUCGUCGCCCUUGUCGUAAACGGCAUUAUUGGAGAUAGAACCGGCCAACGUAUUCUGACGAGUCUUGGUGGUCUCCUCACUGCUACCCUCGGAAUCAUCCUUAUUGUGGCAUUGCCACUUGACAACAACGUCGGUCGACUUGUGGGAUAUUACUUGACACAAGCGUUCCCGACUUCUUUCGUGGCUCUGCUGUCAUUGAUCUCAUCCAACGUUGCUGGCUACACGAAGAAAACCACGGUCGCAGCCCUUUACCUGAUCGGUUACUGCGUGGGCAAUAUUAUUGGCCCUCUUACCUUCCGCCCUGAAGAUGCUCCUCGCUAUGUGUCUGCAGAGAUAACAAUUAUUGCAUGCUGGGGAGUAUGCUUGUUUAUUCUUCUGUUCAUCUGGUGGUGGUACAACAAGGAGAACCGACGCAAGGCUGAUAUACGGUCAGCGCCCGGGUAUGUGAGGCUGGAAAACCAAGAGUUUCUCGAUCUCACUGAUAUUGAGAACCAUGAUUUUGUCUACACACUAUGA